UUUGAGUCUCAUCUCUCGUGUUUUAGGUCGAUUUCACGCUAGGUUGUUCUUGUUUGUGAUAUUUCAGGUCCUAGUACGUGAAAGAAGGUUUGGCACGAGUUCGGGGUCGAUUGGACGAAGUUGGGGCGUUUGACGAAAAGCUGGAAAAGCCACACGGGCAUGCCUAAAAGCCCACACGGAUGAAGUUGGGGCCGUGUGGAAAGUCCAGGGAUCUCACACGGGCACGCCUAAAAUCCACAUGGCCUUGUGGUUUUGGCCGUGUAGCGUACCUGAAGCCACUUAAGUGAAACGCGGCGUUUUGCACACUCACACGGGCACGCCUAAAAAGCCAUACGGCUGUGUGACCUGGCCGUGUGGUCGGGAAUUUCGGGGUUUUAACCCAAAUUCGAGCCAAAGGAGGGGGAAUCGACUUUUUGGAGCAAAAACAGAGCCCUAGAGAGAGAAAGUGCGAAGAACACCCCCUAAGAGUGGUUUUGGAGCUGGGUUUCAUCAAUCAAGCUUGGAAAUCAUCCUUGGAGUGAAGAUAAUCAUCCUAGAGCAGAUUCUUCACAUCUUGAUGAGUAUGACUGCUUCGUAUUUUGUUUCCCUCUCUCUUUAUGGAGUAGAACCCUCUCUCACUUGGGUAUGAAGAACCCUAGUUCUAUGUGUAGGGAUCAUUGUUGUAACGACUUUUGGAUUGUGAUAUUGCUUGACUAUAAUCGAUUGGAGUGUUUUGAUUGAGUCAAUUAAAGUCUGAUCAUCUUUUAUUGAUUUCUGCUGCAACCUGAGAUAGAUAGAAUCUGAUUAGGUUGUUAGAGCCUCUUCAAUCGGUAGUAGUGAAUCGAUUAUACGAGAGUUAGUCGAUUCACUGCUUUGUACUGGAAUCUAAUUCCAGUAGUGGAGUUCUGUGUUCAUUUCCUCAGUGUUCUAUCAUGGUGAAGACUAGUCGUUUGCCGGGUAGUUUGACUGAGAGGGCUUGGUCAGCUUAAGAGAUUCCAAGCUAUUGUCGGAUCUUCCGCAGUAUAAUCAGCAGUAAAGCAACCAAAAGUAAUUACAACUGUGACCUAACUAAGGAGCUAGGGGGACUCAUUCCUGAGUGACUCUUCCUUUGCUUUAGAAAACCGAAUCUUUUCCUGCUUUCUUACUGCUUUUAGUUAAAACCACAAUCAAUCUACUUAGUUGGCUAGAUAAUAGGUAUUCACGGAGUAAGCAGUAGAUCUAGACCUCAGGUUGAUAAUUAGAACUUGCCACUUUACAGCAUUUCCGGACUGCGAUUACACUUGGUCGUAGUUUGGUGUUGUGUUUUAGCGUGUCAUGUUAGAAGGAGGAGGCAACAACUGUUGAUAGGUCAUUUUGGAAGAAGGUCUGGGGGUUCCAGGUGCAACCUAUAUUGAGGUUCUUCAUCUGGCAAGUGCUCAAUUGAAUUCUACCCACUAUGGAUGGUCUUCGGGAUCGAGGUGUUCUGGUUUUUUCUCGGUGCCCGGUUUGCUGGCGGGGGAAGAGACUUUAGAACACUUGUUCCUUGAGUGCCCAGUGGCGACGACAUUGUGGAAUUUGUCGGGGCUGGCUUCGGAGGCAUUGGAUAUCCCUCGGCUUAAUCUAGCAAUAUUCCUUUGGCACAUGUUGGAGCAGAGUGAGUCUCAGGGUCGGUUGCUCCGAGUGGUUUGCCUCCUUUGGAGGAUUUGGAAGAGCCGGAAUCUCGCAACCUUUGAAGAGACGCAGAUGACAUUCACGGCUUUACAUCAACAGUUUCAGAUGCAGGUUGCAGAGUGGGAGGCUCGUGGGACGGUGGGGGGGGGGGGGGGUAGCCCUGGUCAGGAUUCGCCUGUCGAGAUGUUGCAGUCUAGUGAGGAGGCGUCUGAUGUAAACUUGGGCAUGGUCUGUUCAGUGGAUGCGGCGGUUUGUAGGGGAUCCCAUGCGGCGGGUGGAAUGGUGCUAAGGGACUUGUCUGGUGCGGAUGAUUUGGCCAAGGGGAGGUUGUUUGCAGAUGUUGAUGAUCCGGGCAUGCCAGAGCUUUUGGCGCUUCGUGAGGCGUUGUAGUGGUGUCUAAGGAUGGGCAGAGAUGCUGUUACGUUUCAAGGGGAUGCCAAGUUGGUGUUUGAUAAAGUUAAUGCUAGGAUGGCCGCGGAUGUUAGGGGAGGGAUCAUCCUGGAGGAGAUUCGUCUGCUGAGAGUGAUGUACCCCAAUCUUCGUUUUCGUUUUGUUAGGCGGGAUAGCAAUAGGCUAGCCCAUUUAAUGGCUAAGAAGACCCUUUCUUUGUUUUCUGAUCGUUGUUCUGGGUUUGAUUUCUGUACUUGACUCUUUUGGGAGGCGGGUAUGGUGUAACUAUUCUUCUUCUUGUUUAAUACACGCUAUCGUUUUUGUUAUAAAAAAUGUACACAAGCCCAUAGCAAUUAUAUGCAUAUAGAUAAUUGGUUAAUUGGUUUGACUGGUUAGCAUAAUCUUUAACCACACCAAACCAGUUAAACCAAAUUAACUAAAAAAAUUAACCAAACAAUAUCAAUUAACCAAAUUAACCAAACCAAUUUAACCAAAUGUUAUUGGUUAAAAUGGUUACUGUGGUUUUUCAUCCGUUUGAACACCCCUAGUCUCCCACCAUUACCAACUACCAUAAUAAUUUCACAUCUCUCUAAUAUUCUGAAUAAUCUCUGAAUUCUCUAAAUUCCGAUUGAAUAGUCUCAAAUAAUAAUAAUAAUAAUAAUAAUAAUAAUAUAAUUAAAAUAAUAAACUAAUGACAAAUUAUCAAUCCGUACCUCCAUUACUUUCUCAUAGACCAUCGUGUUGAUAAUGAAUAUGCUGUUUUCUAGUGAACAAAGAAUUCCCAUUCUUGUUUUCGUAUACAAUGUUACAACUGUUAUUUCUUCAAAUUACUUAAAGACAAUAAUUCUUGCAGGUCACUAUAGCUUGAGAGUUACUGGUUUGUUUUAGCUCUUUCCAGUUUUGGAUAUUUCAUUUGCCUUUUUUCUUAUUCAUUUUAGUUAUUUACAUAGACUUUGUCUACUUAGUUUUCUACACACUCACGUCAAAAUGUAAAGGCUAAGAAGUGCAAUUUUUUCUGCCUAGGAUAGAGGGGUUUGGGUGGAUUCCAAGCUGGCUAUUUGGUUCCAGACUAUUUGGUUUUACCCGAAACAGGGCCGUAUAACCCGGACCGGGACCGGAUAGCAAACAAUGCAAUCUCAUAUUGUGACUUAGAUUUGAGGUAAAAAAACAUGAUAAAGACCGGAUAAGAGACCUCCAACACCUAAAAUCAAGAUAAAAUUGGGAC